AUGUCGUCUUUAUCAACUAGAAGAUCUGCCUUUUUAGCCAGAGAUACGAAUGAGACUAAAAUUCAAAUAGCUCUUUCACUUGAUGGGGGUCAUAUUGCUGUGGAGAAGUCUAUUCUCACCCAACAAACUUUCGAAGAACACGCAGUUCAACAGACCCUGUCCCAAGUUAUAAAUGUCCAAACGGGAAUUGGAUUUUUGGAUCACAUGCUUCAUGCACUUGCGAAGCACUCUGGCUGGUCUUUGAUUGUCGAAUGUAUUGGUGAUUUGCACAUUGAUGAUCACCACACAGCGGAAGAUGUGGGUAUCAGUUUGGGUUUGGCCUUCCAUAAGGCUUUAGGACAGGUCAAAGGUGUGAAGCGUUUCGGGUCCGGUUUUGCUCCUUUGGAUGAAGCUUUAAGCCGGGCUGUUGUAGAUUUAUCUAACCGGCCCUACGCUGUCAUUGAAUUGGGAUUGAAGAGGGAGAAAAUCGGUGAUUUGUCGUGUGAAAUGAUCCCUCAUGUUUUGGAAAGCUUUGCUCAAGGUGCUGCUAUUACCAUCCAUGUGGAUUGUUUACGGGGCUCCAAUGAUCAUCACAGAGCCGAAAGCGCAUUCAAGGCUUUAGCUGUGGCCAUAAAAGAGGCCAUCAGUCUGAAUGGAACGAACGAAGUCCCUUCAACUAAAGGUGUUCUAUUUUGA